AUGCAAAACAACGAAAUUAUAAAACCUGCCAAAUACUUUUCUGAAUUGGAAAAGAGUAUCUUGCUUGCAUUAGUGGAAAAGUAUAAAUAUGUGCUUGAAUGUAAGAAAAGUGAUGCUAGGACAAUUGCACUUAAACAGAGGACCUGGCAAGCCCUCGCCCAUGAGUACAAUUCUCAACCAAGCGUCUCACUACGAGAUUUCAAACAAUUGAAGAAGUGUUGGGAAAACAUCAAAGCACGGACCAAAAAGAUAAUGGCACAUGAAAGGAGAGAGAAGGUAAAACGGAGCAUUAGUCCGCUUCUAAGCACACAGGGAAUAGGAAAAGAGAAGAUUGCCAGCAUGCUCCCUGAGCAAAUUUACUUUUUACAGAGUCCUCCGGAAGAAGAGUCAGAAUACCACCCUGACACAGCAAACCAAGAACCUUUUCCUGUUUCAAGUCGAGAACUAUGCGAGGAGGAGAAGGAACUCAUUCACUUCCCAGUUUGUGAAGGGACCUCUCAACCUGAACCUUCAUGUUCAGCGGUCAGAAUGACGACCCAUAAAAACUUCCGGAGCAGAGCCUCUCAGGAAAGUGCGUUAAAGAAGAUGCAUGAAGAGGAGCACCAUCAGCAAAUGUCCGUUUUGCAGCUGCAGCUGAUCCAGAUGAACGAAGUGCACGUGGCCAAAAUCCAGCAGAUCGAAAGAGAGUGCGAAAUGGCAGAAGAGGAACACAGGAUAAAAAUGGAAGUUCUCAACAAAAAGAAGAUGUAUUGGGAGAGAAAACUGCAAACUUUUACCAAGGAGUGGCCUGUGUCAUCAUUUAACAGGCCCUUCCCCAAUUCACCAUAGAAGAUGGGAAAUGAGCACACAUGGGAAUUCACAUUUAACUAAGGUGUUUGGGGAAAAGGGUGUGUGGAAUAAAUCUGUGAAUCCACAACUUGUCUAAGUUGGAAGGAGACCAGUUAAGUGUCUGAGUCAAAUGGAGAGUAGUAACUUUUCAGAGGUUACAUUCAGGUAACACACACGUCUCGCCCCCUUUCUGACUCCUUUGUCUAUAAUCACCUCUACUAAAGAUGAGGAAAGAAGCGAUUUUAGUUUUUGAACAUCGUAGCUGUAGGUGUGAUCAUUCUGAACGUGAUGUUGUCUUUAAUUAGGAUUCAUACAAGA